AUGAACAGUAAUUUUAACAGGGAUGAUAAUCCCGAUUACUACCGUCAACCACAUGCUUGCCAUAUGACAGGAUUUGAAACAAAUGCUUAUUUGGACGUCGAUGAGCAUGGCAGCACCGCAAACAAUUGCAAGAAUAGUACAACAGAUGAAAAUCAAUCAGAAAACAAGAGAGAUCAGAUGUGUGCAAUUUGCUGGGAAGAUAUGGAAGUUGGUGGAACUACUACUAUUAAGAAGUGUUCACAUAAGUUCCAUUAUAGUUGUAUAUCAAAGUGGAUGAAUAAGCAAAAUACUUGUCCUCUUUGUAGAUUAUAUUCUGACUUCCCAUUAAGUGAUUCUUGUUUUACUCCUGUCUAUCCGAAUGAAUGA